AAUGCUGAGACCAACUUUCACAUGAAUGCAUCAAACCCUGAAGAAUUGAACGUGAAGUGGACUGAAUUCCCUAAUGAUUUUGUUUUUGGAGUCAGCACUGCUGCUACACAGAUUGAAGGAUCGGCAAAAGAAGCAGGAAAAGGACCAAGUGUUUGGGACAAGUUUGUUGAGAUCCCUGAGAGAAUUAUGGACAAAUCUAACAUGUUUACGAGCAUUGAUUCAUACAAGCGAUACAAGGAAGAUGUGAAGUUAGUGAAAGACCUUGGAGUUGAUUCUUAUAGAUUUUCCAUCUCCUGGACUAGGAUUCUUCCGAAUGGAACAUUGAGUGGAGGAGUAAACCAAGAGGGUGUUGAUCACUACAACAGUUUAAUUGAUGAACUAAUCAAGAAUGGCAUCACACCCUACGUAACCCUAUUACAUUUUGAUCCACCACAAGCCUUGACAGACAAGUAUGAUGGCGUUUUAAAUCGCUCCUUUGUGAAUGAUUUCAAGGAUUACAGUGAACUUUGUUUUAAGACCUACGGAGAUAGGGUAAAAAAUUGGAUUACAAUCAACGAGCCAUUUGUAAUGGCCAAAAUGGGUUAUGAUCUUGCGGUUGCUCCACCAGGCAGGUGUUCAGUACAAGUACCAAAAAGCAAGAUUGGAUGCAAAGUUGGUAAUUCAUCUACCGAACCUUACAUUGUGACCCAUAACCUUAUCCUCUCUCAUGCUACUGUUGUUAAGCUCUAUAGAGAGAACUUUCAGGCAAAACAAGGUGGACAAAUUGGAUGGUCUCAUGUAGGUCAGUAUGUUGAGCCUUAUUCAGAUACAGAAGAAGACAAAGCUGCAGCAAAAAGAAUUUUAGACUUUGAACUUGGAUGGUUCAUAGAACCAAUAGUAUUCGGAGAUUACCCAAAGAUUAUGAGAGAUUUGGUCAAGGAAAGGCUACCCCUUUUCACUGAAGAAGAGAAAAAAUUGAUCAAGGGAUCCUUCGAUUUCAUUGGCAUCAACUAUUAUACCACGAGAUAUGGUAAAAACGUUCCAGCAAGUCAAGCUGAACCAUUGAGUUAUCACAAUGACGCUUUGGCUACAUCAACUGAAACAAAUGCAAAUGGAGUCUUAAUUGGUCCUCUUGCUAAUGGAAGCAUCUACAUCUUCUCUUAUCCACAAGGUCUUCAGAAACUUUUGGAGUUCAUUAAGCAAAACUACCAAAGUCCUAAAAUCUACAUUUCCGAAAAUGGAAUUACAGAAGAAAAGGACGAUAAUCUUGGACUCGAUGUAGCAGUCAAGGAUCCACAUAGAAUUGAAUGCAUUCUUCGACACUUGUACAGGAUCAAGAUGGCAAUGAAGAAUGGGGUGAAUGUCAAAGGAUAUUUCCACUGGGCUCCAUUCGAUGACUUUGAGUGGGGGGAAGGCUAUCUUGCAAGGUUCGGACUUUACUAUGUCGACUACAAAGACAAUCUCAAGCGCAUUCCUAAAGAAUCUGCUAAGUGGCUACCAAAUUUCUUAAAGGGUUAGGAUGUCAUAUAUGUACGUAUAAGCUUAGACAUAAGCUCUACAUGGUUGUA